AAUGAUAUGAGCUUUGGACAAACGCGGCGGCGUCUCCUCAGCACAGCGAUCAUCGAUUCUCCCGACACCUCCUUGCAGCGGUUGGCACGCCUCGACGACGAUCUCCACCACUUGCAAUUCCAGUCGCCCUUCCAGGUGCGCCAGACCUACGCCGCGCUCCUCAAGCACUGCGGCAAUGCGGCCGCCCUACCGCAGGGGCGGCGAAUUCACGCCCACAUUGUCGCCAGCGGCCUCGCCAGCGAUGGAUUCCUGGGCGAUCACCUCCUCCAGAUGUAUGGCAAAUGCGGCAGCGUCGACGACGCCAUCCAGGUCUUCCACUCCCUCCCGCGAAGAAGCCUCUUCUCCUGGAACUUCAUCAUCGCGGCAUUCGCCAAGAACAGGCAUGGCCGCAAGGCGAUCGAGAUGUUUAGGAGCAUGGACUCGGCGGGGAUCAAGCCCGACAGCGCUACUCUCUCCAGCGUCCUUGGCGCUUGCUCCAGCUUGAGGGAUCUGGAAGAAGGUCGGAGGAUCCAUGGCAGGAUUUCCAGUGGCGAGUUCCAGAGCGGGAUAGUUGUGGAGACUGGGCUCGUGAAGAUGUAUGCCCGCUGUGGGAGGCUGCGAGAGGCCAGAGAGGUGUUCGAUCGGAUCGAGAACAAGGACGUGAUAUGCUGGAAUUCGAUGAUCGCGGCGUAUGCCCAGGGCGGGCAUAGCGCCCAAGCUCGGCAGCUCUGCGAGGAGAUGGAAGGUUUCGGAGUGAAAGCCAGCGACACGACUUUCGCUGGGAUCCUGGGAGCUUGUUCCUCGCUCGAGGAAGGGAAGAAGAUCCAUUCCAGAGCCCUUGCCAGGGGUCUCUCGUCCUCGAUCAUCGUACAGAACGCGCUUGUGAGCAUGUACGCGCGGUGCUCUAGACUGGACGUUGCGAGGGUCGUGUUUGACAAGAUCGAGAGCAAGAGCGUGGUCUCCUGGAACGCUAUGAUCGCUGCUUGUGCUCGGCAAGGAGAGGCCGAGCAAGCGCUGCAGCUUUUCAAGAGGAUGGAGCUGGAGCCCAACGAAGUCACCUUUGCAAGCGUUUUCAAUGCUUGUUCUUUGCUGCCGGAUCAUCGGGAGGUGGGAAAGAGGAUCCACGAUCGUAUUCGAGGCUCUCACCUGGAAGCCAAUGUGACCGUGGCCACUGCCAUCGUGACCAUGUAUGGCAAGUUCGGGAAAGUUGGUAUGGCGAGACAAGUUUUCAAUGGGAUCCAGCACAAGAAUGUGGUGUCCUGGAACGCGAUGCUGGGAGCUUACACACAGAAUAAUCUGGACAGGGAAGCUCUUGAAGUUUAUCACGAGAUGGUGGCGCAGAAAGUCCAGCGGGAUGAAGUUACGGUGGUGAUUGCUCUGGGGAUCUCUGCAAGCUUGCGACUGCUAAAACUCGGGAUCGAGCUUCACGAGCUCAGCGUUGCUCACGGCUACGACUCCAACAUCAAGGUCCAGAACGCUCUCAUCAGCAUGUAUGGGAAGUGCAACGAACUUGACGCGGCUAGGCGAGUUUUCUCGAAAGUGAGAGCUCAUGACGUGGUCUCCUGGACGGCUUUGAUCGUGGCCUACACUCAGCACGGGAGGAACCGAGAAGCUCUCGAACUCUACAAGCAGAUGGAGGGAGAAGGAAUGGAGCCGGACAAGGUGACUUUCACAAGCGUUCUGAGCGCCUGUUCCAAUACCAGCGAUUUGGAGCUCGGGCAGGCGCUGCAUGCACGGCUCUUGGCGAGGAAAGAUGGAUUCAGCGAUGGAGUUCUGGUGGCAGCACUCAUCAACAUGUACGUUAAGUGUGGGAGGCUGGACUUGUCGAGUGAGAUUUUCCAGAGCUGCAAGGACACAAAGGCGGUCGUGGUGUGGAAUGCGAUGAUCACGGCCUACGAGCAGGAGGGAUACAGCAGGGCCGCUGUCGAUCUUUACGACAUGAUGAAGCAGCGAGGCUUGGAUCCGGAUGAGUCGACACUCUCGAGCAUUCUAAGCGCCUGUGCAGAGCUCCAAGAUUUGGAGAAAGGCGAGCAGCUUCACGUAGAGAUCAUUGCCUCGAGGGACUGCUCUCAAAAUCCGGUAGUUCUCAACGCGCUUAUCAGCAUGUAUGCGAGCUGUGGAGAGAUUCGCGAAGCCAAGGCGGUGUUCAAGCGGAUGAAGAACAGGGACGUGGUGUCGUGGACGAUUUUGAUCUCGGCUUACGUCCAAGGUGGUGACGCUCGAAGAGCUCUCAGGCUCUACCGGAGGAUGCUCGUGGAAGGAGUCCAGCCGACCGAGGUGACGAUGCUGGCGGUCAUCGCUGCGUGCUCAGCUAUGGAGUCACUCUGGGAAGGUAUAGUUAUUCACGCUUUGACAGACUCUAUGUUCUUCACGGACGCGGCUGUGCAGGCUGCGCUCAUCUCCAUGUACGCGAGGUGCAGGAGGCUGGAUCUGGCGUGCCAAGUUUUCAGGCAAGUCAGGCACCUCGAAUCCAGCGCAAACUGCUGGAACGCGAUGCUAGCAGCUUACUCGCAGCUCGGGCUCCCGGAGGAAGGCAUCCGGCUUUACUGGGAGAUGAGCUCCACAGGGAUCAAAGCCAACGAGGGGACUUUCGCUGGAGCUCUCGCUGCUUGCUCGAUGCUUGGAGCCGUGAGAGAAGGAUACAGGAUCCACGAGCAAGUCUCUUGCAGCAGAUAUAGCUCCGACCUCAGCCUCAAGACCGCGCUCGUCCACAUGUACGCCAAGUGCAACCGGGUUGACGCUGCGUUCCACGUCUUCGAGCAGCUCCAACCGGACGUGGUGGCCUGGAACGCCAUGAUCGCGGCCUAUGCUCAAAACGGCUAUGCAUGGCACGCUCUCGAGCUCUACAGCAAGAUGGUCAGCGAGAGCAACGUAACACCCGACGCUUACACCAUCACCAACAUCCUCAGCGUUUGCUCCAACGCGAGGCUGCUCGACAACGGGAGGACGAUCUUCGAGCAGGCCGUGAGGCAGAGCCCCGAGCUGGAGCGAAAUACGGCGGUGGAGUGCGCGGUGUUUAAUCUCUACGCAAAGUGUGGCAAGCUCGACGUCGCGACGGCCAUGUUCGAGAGGAUGGAGGCCAAGAACGCCGUGUGCUGGCAUGGGAUCAUCGCAGCCUACGCUCACCAUGGCUACGGCAUCGAGACGCUCUGGUUCUACCGUCUCUUUGAGCUCCAUGGCUACAAACCGCUGGAGCCGACUUUCCUGUGCGUGUUCUUGGCGUGCGGCCACGCCGGCCUCGUCGACGAGUGUAAGUGGUACUUCCAGUCGAUGAUCGAGGACAGGAUCACUCCAACUUUCGAUCACUACUCGUGCGUUGUGACGGUUCUAUCGCGCGCUGGGAAGCUGGAGGAGGCCGAGGAUUUGCUCCACAGCAUGCCGUUUAAUCCUGGCAGCGUGGGGUGGACGAGCUUGCUGGGGGCGUGUAGAACUCACGGGGAUUUGAAGCGGGCUAGGAGAGCGGCGGACGAGGCUAUGGAGCUGGAUCGACAGGACAGUGCUCCAUACGUGCUGCUCUCCAACGUUAACAUCUUCGCUGCGUCGGGGUGUCUGGAUCAUUUGCGCAAGAAAACCAAGCACAAUCAUCCUAAGUAAAGAAGGAUAAAAGUUUAUGCGGUGCCGUAGGCGCCAUCUUGUUGGUGCG